ACGUGGUGCAGGCUCAAAUUCAAAUCUGGCCCCCCGCCCCCCCUGGUCACGUGGUUGUAACGACUUUUCGCCCGCCUCCAACCUUUGCGAUUCGAUAGGUGCUCAAAGUGUACAGAUUAGAUUUUUAAAAAUCGUACAAAUUACGGAGGGGGGGAUGGUGUUGCAGGCCACUACGUGAACCGAUGCAAAUACACAUGAAUCAUACGCGCUUUAUAUGUAACGCAAAUCGAUCCAUCGAGCCGGAAAAAAGCGAGCAAACCACGACGACGACUACUACUACUACACCCAGCGCUGCGAGUGCCACGGCCGACGGAAAGACGCCGCAGUCGAACCCCACAGCGAAUAGCCAGGCCCAGGACGCGCAGGCGUCGCCUCUGGCACUCCUCGCGGCCACGUGCAGCAGGAUCGAAACGCCCCCGAGUGAGGCGCAAGCGGCCCAGGCGCAGGGGCAGCAGGUGCAGGUGCAGCCGGGAGCUCUGAGGAUUGUGGCCGGCCCAGGCCAAACGCUUCUGCACGCGCUGGAGCUCACUCAGCUCGCCGCGACGCCCAAUGGGUGGCAGAUCAUUGCCUCCCCGACCUCGGCCGGGACGGCUCCUGCGUCGUCGUCGUCGGCGGUGGCGGCCAGCGGCAGCACCACUGACGUGCAGGCCUCGUCCGGCGUGGUGCAGGUAGCGUCGGGCCAGAGCGGCACCGAAUCGAUGCUCAAAAUCGGCCCGAGCGGGCAGCUGGUGGCGGUGGCGCAGCAGCAGUCCCAGCAGCAGGCGCAACAGCAGCCACAGUUCGUGCAGUAUCAGGUCCUGCCACAGCUGCAGACAAUAGAUGGCCAGCAGAUUCAGAUAAUGCAGCAAGAUAGUCAGAUACAGCUCGUGCCGGUGAGCCAGACACAGACCCAAUCGACCCAAGGCGGCUCUGGUCAGCAGCCUGUGCAAAUCAGGCCAGCUGGAACGAGCUCCGCGGGUGGUACGGCCACCACGGCCACCUUUCCCGUGCAGAUCCAGGGCCAGAUUGGCCAUGGCUCGCAGCAGAUGCAGCUCAUAAACUUACCGGUCGGCGGUAGCAACAACCUGACUUUCACGUUGCCGCUGUCACUGGGCGGAGGCCCUGCGCAGAACGUGACAGUCGUCACUGGGGCCGCUUCGGAGCAACAGGCAGGUGGCGAUGCUGGCGUCAGCAGCAGCGCCGCUACCUCGGCGGAGGGUGGCAGCUCGUCGGCCAUCUACACCACGGCUUCGGGCACCUCGCCGCACGUCACCAUCUCGUCCAUUGACUGCGUGACGCCCAUUUCGACCGCCUCGCAGGGCCAGCAGCAGGUGCAGUUGCAGAACCAGUAUCACCUGCAGCAGCCCUUCCAGCAGCAGCAGGUGCAGAUGGUGAGCGGGCUGAGUCCACAGAUGCUUCAGGCCGCGCUGCAGGCCGCCUCGCUGUCUGCGCAGUCGCAAGAUCAGGGCCAGCAGCCGUCCACCUUCCUGAUCCGCACCCCCACCAUUUUGCCAUCGGGGCAGAUCGGCUGGCAAACCAUCCAAGUGCAGAAUAUACAGGGCCUCCCCAUUAGUGGUGGUGGUGGGCAGGCCAUUGCACUGGCGCCCGUUCAGGCCACAGCCCAGACUGGCGCCGGUACAGCUCCGCAGCAGAAGUUUGUGCAGACGGUGGUGCCUAUCGGUGGGGCCACCACCACCACGGGCACGUCACAAGCAUUGGUAAACUCGCUGGGCACUGUCGGGAUCCAACUGCAGGGGACGCAAGUGUCUACUGCUACAGGCCAGACGCUGACGGCACAGGACAGCGGCUAUCCCAAGUGGCAGUUGAGCUCGCAGCCUGUGACCAUAUCCGGCGGACAAGGCGGGACCAGCAUUUUUGCGCUGGACGCCUCCCAGCUGGGGCAGCUGGCACUGGCAGACGAGAGCGGUGGAGGUGGCGUCAGCGGAGAUGCGGUUGAGGGAGAGGGCAAGCGGCUGCGGCGGGUGCCUUGCAUGUGCCCAAACUGCAGGGACAGCGAGGGCAAGGUCACCGGAGAAGCCGGACAGAAAAAGCAGCACAUCUGCCACAUAACAGGCUGUAGCAAGGUGUAUGGCAAGACGUCGCACCUGCGUGCUCAUCUGCGCUGGCACUCGGGCGAACGGCCUUUCGUGUGCACCUGGUUACACUGUGGAAAGCGUUUCACGCGCUCUGAUGAACUACAGCGGCACAAGAGGACGCAUACAGGCGAGAAGAAGUUCAUCUGCUCUGAGUGCUCGAAGCGCUUCAUGCGGAGCGACCACCUGUCCAAGCACAUGAAGACUCACUCGGCCAAGCGCGUCGGCAUCUCCGGUGACGCCGACUUGGACCCCGAGGCCAAAGGCGACACAGAGGUGGAGGGCGAUGACGGCACCCGCCCCACGACCGUCGGCGACAUCCUGGCGGCCGCCGGGCUGGUGACGCUCACGACCGUGCCGGCCGAGCUCAUGAUCGCCACCUCCGUGGCCACCACGCCCGAGUCGAGUCACGACCCCACCAAUGGCGGCGGCAUGUCGGGCACGGACGGCUGAGUUGGGGCGGGGGGCGGACGGGCGG